AUGAUGGAGUAUCCGCCCCAAUAUCAACAGCCUCACGGCCAAAAUCCCCAUGCCCCCUCUCACAUUGCCGGCCCUUACCAGACCGCGCCGCAGAACGCCGGUUCUACCGUGGGGUCGAUGGCUUCUCCUACCAACCCUCAAGCGCACAUGCAACCCGCCCACCCGACACACCAGGCUUCGCCAAUUGUUCCCUCCCAAUCGCAUUACCAGCAGACGCAAAAUGCCCCGGGCUCGGUACAUCAGCAAAUGAAUUUCCCUCAGUCGUACGGGGUAACAACGGCGAUGCCGCAGACAUACGGCAUCUCUCCAACUCAGGCGGCCGCCAUGGCCACCGCCGCGGCUUCGGGUCAGUUCUAUCCGCUUCACCAAGACUCCAUGGCCGGCCAAAUCCCCCAGGGUCCGCGGGGCUCGCCGCGCAUGGCAGGAGUGCCCGUGAAGAAUGAUCGGAACCCUCGCUCACCGCCGCAAUUACCAGGACAAAUGCCUUCCAUGGCCUCUCAAGUGCCCAUGCCCCAGAACCCUCAGAUGCAGCCGCGGCGGAUGAGCCACGUCGGCAGCCCGCACGUUCAGAGCGCCCAGCCCGUUCUCAACCACGUUGGCCGCCCUUCCGUGGGCCCGCCUAUGGCCCCCCCUCAUCAACCGCCGGUGCAGCAAAGUCAACCUUCUCCGGAGAUGGUCGCCGGUCCCCAGGAAGAAUCCCCGCUCUACGUCAACGCGAAGCAGUUCCACCGCAUCCUCAAACGUCGCGUGGCCCGUCAAAAAUUGGAAGAGCAACUCCGACUGACCUCGAAGGGCCGCAAGCCGUACUUGCACGAAUCCCGUCACAACCACGCCAUGCGGCGACCGCGGGGUCCCGGUGGCCGAUUUCUGACCGCGGAGGAAGUCGCCGCCAUGGAAAAGAAACAGGGCUCCGGAGCUCCCGGGCAGGAGAACGACAGCCCCGUGAUGAAGCAUGCCGGCGGGAGUACUCCGUCGGCCCAGAAACGGAAGUCAAGUGAGGUCAACGAGGACAAUGUCAGCUCGGCCAAAAAAGCGAAGACCGCCGGGCCUAAAAAUAGCAGUGCCGAAGAAAGUGAAAAUGAGUCCGCCGACGCGUCGGAUGAAGAAGGUUGA